GUUGAAGAAGAGGCACAUACUGCACAAUAUUUUCAAUUUCUUCUAAACAGAGAAAUAACGAGAUUAAAUGACUUAUGUAAAAAAUGGACAGAAAUUAAAGCAAAACCUGAAACUACAGAGGAUGGAAAAUAUGAAAUAAGUCAAACUAUUGGCCAAACGAAUUUGUUAAUAAGCAAAAAGUUUGAAAGAUUUCGUGGAUUAGUUGCUGAUUGUGAGACAGGAAAAGGAGAAAUGUUAGUUACAUGUAAAGAUUUGCAAGGAUUUUGGAAUAUGAUGUAUAUAGAAGUAAAGAAAUGUGAUUCACAAUUUGAAAAAUUAGAGACUCUU